AUGGCCCUGAACGCCGCCCUGGCCGAGCUGCAAGCAGAGACCCGCUGCCCGCUGUGCCAGGGGCCUCUGCGCGCGCCCCUGACCCUGGACUGCGGCCACAACUACUGCAGCUCGUGCCUGCGGCGGCUCUGGCAGCACCCGUGGGAGCCCCUGCCCUGCCCCGUGUGCCAGCACCCCUGCCCCCGUGAGCCCCGCUGGCCCAACACGCAGCUGGCGCGGCUGGCUGACUUGGUCAGCCGGCUGCCCGGCCCGAGGCCAGAGGGACACAGGCGGAAGGCCCCAGGCCACUGUGCCGCACACCAGCAGGUCCUGGGCCUGUUCUGCGACGACCACCUGGAGCUGCUGUGUGGUCAGUGCGGAGCCUCCGCAGCCCACCGCGGCCACCGCCUCACGCCCGUUGGCCCCGCAGCUGCUUAUCACAGGAGGAAGCUCAAGGGCUAUCUGGAGGCUCUGCAGAAGCGGCUGGAGGAGGCGCAGAGGGCCCAGGAACGGCAAAUAUCAAAGAGACACGAACUGCAAGAGGAGAUGGAAAAGCAGAGGACUGAGUUGUACUGGGAAUUUAAAGAGUUUAAGAACUUCCUGCAAUCAGAGCAGAACUCCUUGGACAACCGCGAAGAAAAUCACAUGAGGGCGGUUUUCCAGGAGGGCAUCAGAAGCAGGAAGCAGCUGUCCGCCCGCAGCUCUGCUCUAAAGGCCGCCCUGCGGGACAUCACCCAGCUCUACCUGCAGACUGACCAGAACUUGCUGGCAGGGGUCAGGAAGGCACAGCUGCAGUGGAGUCAGUGGGACAGCGCCCAGCUCCCUGCGACAUUUGCCUACCACCCAACCCAGCAGACCCGCACCUUCCCCCCACAUCACAUUGGCCUGCAGAACAUCCUGAGCAAGUUCCAGGUGGACGUGACCCUGGACCCUGAAACCGCUCACUCCAGUCUGUUGGUCUCCCCGGACAGGAGAAUGGUGAUCUACUGCCCCGAGAUCGCGCAGCAAUCCUGUGCCCCUCUCCCCAACACACCCACGUCUCACGUUGCCGUCCUAGGGGCUCAGGGAUUUCAUGGCGGCAGACACUUUUGGCAAGUAGAAGUCAGUGGCAUGGGGGUGUGGUCGGUGGGCAUAUGUGAGGACUUCCCCAGAAAUGCUCCUGACACACCAUCCCCAGAAAGGGGCUUCUGGCAGCUCAUUCUGAUGACCAGACAGCACCUCGACUCGCUGGCUGAGCAGAUCCGCGUGGGCAUUUUCCUGGAUUAUGACUUGGGACAAGUUUCCUUUUAUAAUAUGAAUAACCGGUCCCACUUCUAUACCAUCACAGACACGUUCACAGAAAGGCUUCUGCCCUACUUCUCUGUUGGGAAUUCUUCCAGCACGUUUUACCUGAGUGUUGUCAGAGACGAACGCUGA